CUUUCUUUCUUUCUUUCUUUCUUUCAACUCACACGGUCGGCCUCUCUCUUUACAUCAGCCUGGGAGCUGCUCUAGGGCAGUAAUAGGGUCUGACUCCUCUCUGUGCCCCCAGAAUAGUGCAGCACAGGGUCUGGCACAUAAUAAGUGCUAGUUGUCUUUUUUUUUUUUUUUUUUUUAAUUAGUGAACUGCCCAUUCUCCCAGCUUUUUCCACAGCACCAUGGGGCUGUGACUCUGUCACCCAGAGGCCCCCACUUCCCUCCUCUCUUCCUUAAACAGAGCUCUGACUUUCUGAUAUUGCAUUUCCUGAGACGUUAGAGGGCACGGCUGUGCCCUGGCUCCUACUUCUGCUCCAGCCGAGAUCUGCCCACCAUGAUCCUGGUGCUGAUCCUGCUGCUGCUGGCCCUCUGGCCUCUGUGUAAUGCAGACAUCACGCCAACUGGAAACCGAGGAUGAGAAAGAAGCAGUGAUUGCCCCAGGUGAUUCUCUUCCCACCCCAUCUCCUCGGGCUCUCAGGAAGCCCAGGGACCCAGGCAGCCCUGUUUAUUCAGUCCCCCCAGCCUCAUACCCCAAGCCGUGGCUAGGGGCUCAGCCUGCCGCAAUUGUAACCCCUGGGGUCAACGUGACCUUGAGUUGCCGGGCACCUCAACCUGCCUGGAGGUUUGCACUCUUCAAGUCUGGAAGGAUCAUCCCUGUGCUGUACCGGGGCGUGUCCAUGGAGCUGGCAGAGUUCUUCCUGGAGGAGGUGACCCCAGCCCAGGGGGGCAGUUACCACUGCUGCUACCGGAGGCUAGGCUGGAGUCUGGGUGUCUGGUCCCACCCGAGUGAUACGCUGGAACUGCUUGUGACAGACGAGCUGCCGCGCCCGUCGCUGGUGGCGCUGCCCGGCCCGGUGGUGGCGCCCGGGGCCAACGUGAGCCUGCGCUGCGCGGGCCGCCUGGGGGGCAUGAGCUUCGCGCUGUACCGCGUGGGCGAGGCGGCGCCGGUGCAGUACCGCCGCUCGGCGCAGCCCUGGGCCGACUUCCCGCUGCGCGGCGCCCGCGCGCCCGGCACCUACAGCUGCUACUACCACACGCCAUCCUCCCCGUACGUGCUUUCGCAGCGCAGCGAGCCGCUGGUCAUCAGCGCCGACGGCUCAGGCUCCUUGGACUACACACAGGGCAACCUCGUCCGCCUGGGGCUAGCCGGCCUGGUGCUCCUCUCCCUGGGCACGCUGGUCUUUUUGGACUGGAGCAGCCGGAGUCGCAUCCCAUGUAGCGUUCGGCCCUGAGUCCUGGAGGACUGGAUAUAGACGCCCUGAAGCGUGAGAAGACUUUCCAGAGGUGGCGAGAAGAAGCAGGGAUUCCCGGGGUUGGACCGGCCCUUGCAAGAGCCCCACAGUUGGGCUGAGCCCAGCUGCUGAAUAAGAAUCUGCUUCAUACUGUGUGUUCUCCCUCCCUUCUGGGCCAGUACCUCCUAGAUCCGUGGAAGGCGCUAUCCGUGGUUAAGGCUUCCCAGUCACAAGGCCUGGGUUCGAUUCCCAGUGCUGCUGCCUCCUCGCUGGGAUACUAGGAAGAUGACCUUUGCCAAGUCUCAGUUGCCUGGACUGUAAAAUGGGCUCACUGAUAAUACUCACUUCCUAGGAUUAUUGUAGGAUUAAGUGGGCAAUACGCACAAAGCCCUUAAAAGCGACUGGCCCAUAGCAAACGCUCAAUAAAUGUUAGCUAUCGGA